AUGGCGUCAACGGAACCGACGGUGAAAACAUUCUCAGUCGCUGAUUACGUGGUUUUCGUCAUCACACUGGUUAUUUCGGCUGGUAUUGGAAUAUUCUUUGCUGUGAAAAAAGGCGGCCAAAAAAGCACCAAACAGUUUUUAAUGGCUGACAAAAGCAUGGGUUUCUUUCCACUUUCCCUUUCCGUAUUGGCGUCUUUUUUCUCCGCGUCCACGUUGCUAGGGACGCCAGCAGAGAUCUACCAGUUUGGAACCAUGUACUGGAUCUCUGUGUUCGGCGCUGUGUUUGCCCCUCUCACCGGAGCGCUGCUGUUCGGACCCAUGUUUUACAAGUUAAAGGUUGUGAGUGUUUUUCAGGAUCUGGCGAAGAGGACCUCCGUGUCGUCAAUGCUGAACUCCCUGGCCGCGGUCACGUGGGAAGAUUUCCUCAAACCUAGUGUGUGCACCGACCUCUCUGACGUCACCGCUACAAGGGUUAACAAAGCGCUGGCUGUGACGUAUGGCUGUGUGGGACUGGGCCUGGCCUUUUUGGUGCAGAGACUGGGAGGGACUGUCUUACAGGGCGCCCUAGUUGGUGGGAUGUUUGGUUUAGUGUGUUCCCUCUGGCUGAGUGUUGGAGCUUACGUCACUAAACCAAUCAACUUUAAGUUGCCCACAACGACGAUCGGCUGCAACACAACCGUCAACUUCAGCACUGUGAUUUCAUUGGCUCAAACUCCAGAAUAUGCAAACUUCUCAUUUCCGACAACGUUUGACUUAGAGGGAGUGGAGAACCUGUAUGGGCUGUCCUACCUCUGGUUCUCUGCCAUUGGCAUUGUCGUCUGUGUGCUGGUGGGGUUCGUGGUCAGCUUGAUAACAGGUGGGACCAAAGCCCACGAGGUCGACCCAUCUCUCCAGCUCCGACUGUUUCACAAGAUAAGAACAUCCUCCUGCCGCUGCUGUCCGGGCCCUCACAACAAGCACACAGCGAGAACGGAGCUACAAGUCAGCCAUUUGUGGACUCCCGCUGAGCAUGACACAGAACCGAAAUUGGACUAAAAACAAUUAGAUGAAAUGUGAGGCCUAAGGCCUGCACGUAGUCCUUGAUACUUACACAUGCUGAGAAUAACAACAUUUCCACACUAUGUCUUUAAAGGCGAGCUAUAUAUUAUUGUGGCUGGCAGAUUUGUCAGGAUCAUGGCUUGCCUUACUUACAACGUUGUUGUUGUUGCUGCAGUUACAGCUGUUAUUGUUGAGGAAAGAGAAGCACAUCGACACUGCAAUGGUCA